UUUCACAAAUCACACGUGGACUGUUAUUAUUUUCAUUUGCUUUUGCGAGUGCCGCUGUCAUGUGAAGUUGACGUCGCAUCCAUUUUAAUCCAUCGUGUGACUCUUAAAAUGUGAACAACUUGUGGUCGAACACUAAAUGUCUUCAUUGGUGUCCGUGAGUUUUCCCACUACGUUUAGUCAUAAGAUCGACCUUGAUUGCAGCCGGGAAAAUGAAAAAAGACUUGUACAUCACGCAUGUUGAGGCCUUCGGCGGCCUUCUUCGGACAUGGGCACAGGGUGAUGAAAAAUUAAGCGAACGAUUGAAAAGCGACAUCGAACAGAUCUCUCCGGUCCUAGAUAUGAACCAUGUCACAAGACCUGUGCAGCAACUCAGGGAUGCGAAACUCUGCUUGUUAAAAGUGAGGAACAACGAAUUUUUCCGAGUGAAAAUCCUAUCGUUGGAUAAACUAGAACAGCUCAACACAGUUCCUGUAUUUCUCGUAGAUUAUGGCAAUACUCUGAACGUUCGGCUUAAAAGUUUAAGACUCAUAGACACGCCCGACAGCAUGUAUCCUUCCAUUACUGAAGUUCCGUUCAUGGCCUCCCCCUUUCACAUCGCUGAAGUUCAAGCACCUGACACUCUUUGGCCACCUCGAACAGUGGACUUCAUAAAGCAUACUCUGGUCGACAAAACAUUCAGAUGCGAUAUUCUGGAUGGAGAACAAGUGAAAAAUAUAAUUCAAAUUUAUCUGAAUUUAGAGCCGUCUGAAACUUUUUCGAGCAUUCUAAUUUCGGAAGGUCUUGCUCGACACAUCGAUUUACCGACGCAAGAAGCUUUAAUACAGGACCUCUCUCAGAGCCAACGAUCACUGAUGGAUUUAAAUCCUGUAUGUAAGCCUCUAGUUUCAACUGGAGUUAUUGAUGUGGCCGCAGUACCACCAGGACAACCACAUACUGCAACACUCCCUUCUGAUGUGACGGUCUUAUUAGAUACUUUACUUACUUUUACCGCCGCCUGUACACCGGCGGCUGCCCCUUCUAUCACCCCAUUCUCACAGAUGACAAAUCCUACAAUUCCACGAUUCAUUAGCAUAAAUUUUACGCCUGGUUCUCGGCAUUCGGUAUACAUUUCAUACGUUGAAGAUGGAGUGUUUGAUUUUGCCGUUCAACUAAAGGUUGAUGCUGAUAAAUUCCUGCCUGAACUGUUGGUGGAAAUUGAUAAAAGUUUUAAGCCUACAUCAAUCCAAGGGGUAUUGAUACCUGGUACACAGUGCCUCGCAAGGUACACUUAUGAUCAAGUCAUCUGUCGAGCUGUCAUAACCGAUGUGACGGAGGACCAAGUUAAAGUGUACUAUGUAGAUUUCGGUAACUGGGAGUAUUUACCACCUUCAGAGGUCUUUGAAAUCCCACCGAGGUUCUUGACGCAGAGACCGAUGGCGACGAGAUUUUCACUGGCCGACGUGGGAAAUGACCCCGUAUGGAAACUAAAGGCCGUGCAAGAAUACUUUUACGAGUUGGCCAAAGAGAGAAAAUUUGUUAUGUACGUAAAAGCAAAGGAAGCAUCUUCACUAAUGCAAUACUGUGAUCUAUACUAUGAUGGUUACAAUAUCAGACACUUGCUGAAAAAGAAACUGUACCAAAAUGUGCCGCCACCGCAAUAGCCAACGCUAUCCUAUACAUGUCAUUAAUCGCGCGACCAUCACAAAACGAAUGACGUUACUACUGCCGUGCUAAGGAAGAACGCCGUAUAAGCCUCCACAUGUUACCAAAUUCUCUUCAUAAAUACUAAAUUUAUUGGGAAACUUGCGAAUAUUUUUCUUUAAAAAUUUUGUUCGCGAUUUGAUAUAAAAUAUCAAAAAAUUUCAAGGGUAACCACGAAUAACUUUCCUUAAAAAUACAUGUUUUAUUUGGCAUGCAAAAUUUGGCAACUCUCGAAUGUUUAUACGGCGUGUUUCCUUAGCAUGUCAGAACAAUAUCAACUACAAUAUCAUAAUUGGGCUAGGAAGUCAAAUGGGUCAACUUCAGUGGAAAAUACUAUAACCCACAUUAGACUGGUGUUUAGAGAAAAGGUUUGAAAUUUUAUUGGUAUCGACUCAAUCGGAAAAAAAAAAAAAAAAAAAAAAAAAAAAAAAA